GAGUCUGUUAAAUGAACCAAAAAUUUCUGCACUGCCCGUUAAGUCAAAUGUGGCGGUAAUAUCUGAGGAAAUUUUUAUUUUAACGUUAGAAAAAGAAUAUCGAGAGUUUACUGGCUUUGUAAAUAUCUAUCUACAGUCUGUACAACAGCUUUGUGCACCGCUUUUUGAACGGAACGGUUCGGAAAAUGUAUAUCUGGGCUGCCGAAAUGAGCGAUACUUCCCUGCCAAAUAUUGUACUGGAAUGAGAUGCAGAACUGACAUGACAUAUACUUCUGUUGGAUGGAGCACAUCUUAA